ACGGGCGGCCUUCUCCCCCUGCUCGCUCGCCGGCCGGCCGGCCGCCUGCUGAACAGUCCUCGCAGUAUAAAGCCUUCUAGAAUCUUCUCCUGACACGCCACUCUCGGUCUCGCUUAUCCCUCUUCUAGAAGCCUUUCGCCAUGGACGCCGGCCGGGACGAGGAGGCCGCCUCCGCCGCGGAGCCGCUGCUCGCCGCCUCCCGCCCGCAGCGGAGCCACGCUGCCGACGUGCACGUCCUAUCCGCCGCCUUCCUCUUCGUCUUCUCCGCCUACGGCGCCGCCCAGAACCUCCAGAGCACCGUCAACACCGAGGGCGAUCUGGGCACCGUCUCGAUGGGCGUCCUCUACACCUCCUUCACGCUCUUCGCGGUCGCGGCGUCACCCGUGGUCAGGUGGCUCGGCCCCAGCCGCGCGCUCGUCGUCGGCACCAGCGGAUACCUGCUCUUCAUCCUCGCCAACCUCGUCCCGACAUGGUAUACAAUGGUACCAGCUUCACUGUACCUGGGUUUUACUGCAUCGAUCAUCUGGGUUGGACAGGGUACAUAUCUUACUUCCGCUGCCCUCAGUCAUGCAAGAGAUAAUAGUUUACCUGAAGGUCCUACUUUAGGAAGCUUUAAUGGAGAAUUUUGGGGAGUGUUUGCGAGCACUCAGGUCAUUGGAAAUUUGAUCUCACUUGCUCUUCUGAGAAAUGGAAAGGAUGGAGGAAGUGUAACAGGAAAGAAUCUGCUGUUUGUUGUGUUCCUUGGUUGCAUGAUUAUCGGAAUUGUAUUGAUGUGUUUAUUGUCCAAAAGGGAUGAGAAACGUGAUAAUGCUUCGACACACUCCUCAUUUGGAGCUAUGUUGAAAUAUAUUGUCGCACCUCUGAAGGACCGAAGGAUGAUUCUUUUGAUUCCGCUGAUUGCAUAUUCAGGUUUACAACAGGCAUUUGUAUGGGCCGUAUUCACAAAGAGUAUUGUGACACCUGUGCUUGGCAUAUCUGGAGUUGGUGGCGCCAUGGCAAUUUAUGGUGCAUCUGAUGUAGUUUGUUCAUUGGUUGCUGGACGUUUUACAUCUGGCCUUCAUUCAGCUACAUUUAUAGUGUCAGUUGGAGCUAUUCUUCAGGCUGCAGUCCUGUUUUGGUUACUUCUUCUUUACAGUCCAAUGGAGGGAGUACUUGGUGCAGCGGUUCCACUAUUUAUAGGUGCCUUAUGGGGUGUUGGUGACGGAGUCUUGAAUACGCAGUUAAGCGCGUUACUCGGAUUGCUGUUUGAGGAUGUCAAGGAGGCAGCUUUUGCACAGCUGAAGGUUUGGCAAUCAGGUGCCAUCGCAGUCAUCUUCUUCUUGAGCCCAAGCAUCACGCUGCAAGCCAUGCUUAUCUUGAUGGCUACGUUCCUCUUCAUCUCUUUUGGCUCGUUCCUUCUGCUUACCCUUGUCGUGGAGAAGCCAUCGACCAUCAGAGCGUGAGGUGAAUACCACUUCAAUGUGCAGACGGUGUCGUUGUCACCACAUGUCAUCAGUGUUACCAACAGCCUGUACAACUGCAUUGUUGUAUUAACCAGUGAUAAGAGACUAAGAAGAAAUUGGAUCAUCAUCAUCCAUCACAUACAACGCGAUGGCACCCACACCAUGCUAUUUGCUUUGGCCAUUGUUUGCUGGAGGCCUGAAGUGAAGAGAUUGCAGGCAAAAAUGGGGGAAGCGAGAGUCGGCUUUGUAUUUAGUUUCCUUUUUUUUUUUAAUCUCCCAGAUUGCCUGUGACUGUCUUACAGUGAAUCAUAUACGGAGUACCCAUUAUAAUUUCUAGGAGGUAACAUUUCAUUCAAA